AAGCGCGACAAUGCGUUAUUGCGCUUUAAUAAUCACAGGUUUACGACAAGCCUGUCCUCCUAGAAUUAAGCUACAAUGUGCACAGCAAAAUGCACAAAUUUUUUAAAAAAUAUUUAAUUAUUAAAAAUCUAAUGACGUCACGCUCACGACAGUCCCGUAUGUGACAAUGUCGGACGGCGCGGAGGCUAGCCGUUCGCCGUGGGAGGCAAUAGACGAGCACUGGAGAGCAAGGAUACAGUUCAUUGAAGAGCACAAAGCGACGUACGGGCCGGACAAAGCGCUAACUCUCUCGCACGUGUGGCACAACGUCUACUAUCACGGCGCACGGUAUCCGCCCGACGUUCAACAGCUGGUGUCGCGCUGGGAACCCAAUCUCGACGACCUACCCGUGCCGCUCAUAAGCAAGAAGAAAGAAAUCUCCGGCGGUUCAUCACUGAAAGCCGCUACAACCCCAUUGGUCGGCACCGACUGUGACGUCACCCCACUGAUCACUGAUGCCGAUCUCCCGGAUGUCGACUUAUCCAGUAUCUCUCACGAAUUGCUAUCCUUGUCGAAGAAAGUGUUCAUCGAGGAAAUUUCAAGUAUAAAGGAACCGGUUAACUCGAUCUACAACUGUGCACAGAAAUCGAAAAUUUCGAUAAAAUUUGACGAAAUACGAAAUCAAGUGAAGAGAGACUCACAAGUGAUGCUCACUGCCAUACUCGACGGCGUCCGUGUUGCCUCAGCGGCCGGUUUAAACAGAAAGGCAGCCAAAUACGAAGCCGCUCUUGCGGCUCUGAAGCUCCUGAUUGGUCUGCAGAGGCAACAGGGCAUCGGUCAGACGCCGAGGUGGAAGCCGAGUGUGAAUGAGGAGGAAGCGGUCGGAAGGAAUGCUCUUGUUGAUGGAAAACAGACAGACGAACGACUGCCAGACUCGAACGUCGGUAGUCAGCUGUUGAUGAAGAUGGGUUGGAGUGGAAGUGGAGGGUUGGGGAAAGGAGAGAAUAAGGGGAUCGCGACGCCGCUGAUGCUGACGGGGAAUUUGGGACGUGAGGGAUUGGGUGCCAACUCGGGGGAGAAGACGAUCGACAGGCAGAGGGUUGAAUAUGAGCUGAGACAGUUUGUGGUCAAUAGCGAUGCAAAGGAGCUCACGUUUUCGUCCGAUUUAACUCAGGAAGAUCGCCGGAUUGUCCACGAGGUUGCACAACGUCUACACCUGAAGCAUCGCUCGUUCGACGUCGACGGACGACGGCAUCUCGUUUUGAGUAAAGCAACGACCGCAGCAGAGAGAGAGGCGAGGAAAGAGUUUCUACGUGCAGAGCUAGAAAUCGACGGAAAUCAUGGACAAACACAUAGACAGAUGGAUGGAAAUUAUGGACAAACACAUAGACAGAUGGAUGGAAAUCAUGGACAAACAUAUAGACAGAGGGAUGAAGGUCUUGGACAAACACAUAGACAUGCAGAUGGAAAUCAUGGACAAACACAUAGACAGACAGAUGGACUGAAAAGGAAACACGGACGAGAAGAAUACGGAGGUCCGAUGAACGACUAUUCGAUUGACAAUGCAAAAAUGGCACGAUUUGAUUACCAUCAUGGACACGCCAGACAGUACCAUUACGAUGACCGCACAUGGGACGAUCCGAGGAAUAACUAUCGCACCGAGACGAGAUAUGGUCAUGGUCAUGGACAUGGGCAUGUCGCUUGGCAGGGCAGAAGUUGACAUAACGGAAUGUGGCAAUAGAAUGCCAUAGAACGCAUGGUUUAGCCUUCAUAAUGGUGACAUUAUCAUUUGCUGCCUGUAAUACGAGUAAGUCAGACAAUGGAACUGAAGUAAUUUAUAAAAUACUGUUAAAAUGUAAUAAAUAUUUACCCGCCAAUGCCAGAAAUAAAUGGAUAUACGUGUACAUU